AUGGUCCUCACGAACUCUCCAGCCCCAGCUCUUCCUUCCCACGCCUCGGCUGCUGGCUUUGGGUUUGGCAAAGAUUCUGUUCAGUCCCAAGAGGAGCCCGAGGCAGCCGCCCCAGGCGCGCACCCUGGCGAACCCCGGCAGAGCCACAGGGCCCCCAAGCGCGCCCACCCCACGCCGGCGGCUCCGGGAGCUCCGUGGCUCCGCCAGGAUGCCCGGACCCAAGCCCUGCCGGCCGCGCAGCGUUCAGCCCCGCCGCCGCCGCCGCCGCCGCCGCCGCGCUCCGGCCCCUUGCCCGCGCCCUGCCCGCUCUCCGCUCCGACUCACCGGCGCCAGCUCCGGGGAAAGUUUGGUGGCACGGCGGCCGCGACGGCCAGGCUGCUCGGGGUUCGGUGGCGGCGCGGCGCUGAGGGAGCCGACCCGGAGGCGGGGCGCGGGGGGAGGAGCCGCGCCGCGGGGGCAGCCCGGAGGGAGGCCGGGAGGCGGAGACCCGGGCCCCGCGCCUGCCGCUCUCCGCCUCCGGCUCCUGCUCCGCGCGCCGCGGCCGCCCCCGCGCCUGGAGGCGGCGUGAGGGGCUCGCCCUCCCUCCCUCCACACCCGCCCCGGGGACCAAGCGGCGCCCCCGGAGCGCCCCUGCUUCGGGCCCGGCUCGGGGGCGAGGCUCCUCGGGUGGGGAGCGAGCGGGGAAAGGAGGCUCAGAAGCUUGGCGAGAACUCCCUCCGCCCCGCGCACACCUGA